AUGGCCGCAUCGGCGGCGGUAUCUCCACGGUCGCUGCUCUCUUCCUUCCAUCAAAGAUUCACCAUCACUGUUCCCGCCUUCUUAAAUCUUCCUGCCAAAAUCCCCAGGUGCAACUGCGGCAGCGGGAAGGUUCGCCUGUUCUUGGGGAUCCGCUGCGUACAAUCGGCGGAAGAAAUUUCCACCACCACGGGGAUAACGACCUCCGUUUCGGCGGAAAUCGGACGGCGGAAUGUAAUUGACAUAUUGGAGGAAAGAGGUUUGCUGGAAUCCCUCACCAGCGACAAUCUCAGGUCGGUUUCCUCCAAUCCAGAAUCUUCUCCACUUAGGGUUUACUGCGGCUUCGAUCCCACCGCCGAAAGCUUGCACUUAGGCAACCUCCUCGGCAUCUUAGUCCUCUCCUGGUUCCACCGCUGCGGCCAUAAAACCGUCGCGCUUAUCGGUGGCGCCACCGCCAGAAUCGGCGAUCCCUCGGGGAAAAGCCUCGAGCGGCCCGAGCUGGACGUGGAAUCCCUCGAGAGGAACACCUUAGGGAUAGCCAAUACCGUAACCAGAAUCCUGAAUUCGAGCAAUUCGACGACCUCUUUCGUGGUGAUGAACAAUUACGAUUGGUGGAAGGAGUUCAAAUUGCUGGAUUUUCUCAAACAGGUGGGGAGAUACGCUCGGGUAGGAACCAUGGUUGCGAAAGAGAGUGUGAAGAAGAGGCUUGAAUCCGAGCAAGGAAUGAGCUACACGGAGUUCACUUACCAGCUAUUACAGGGCUAUGAUUUUCUCUACCUCUUCCAGAACCAUGGAGUGAAUGUUCAGAUUGGAGGAAGUGAUCAGUGGGGGAACAUUACGGCGGGGACUGAUCUCAUCAGGAGAAUCCUUCAGCCGAAAGAAGGCGAAGGAGGGUUCGGCUUAACCUUCCCUCUCCUGCUCAAGAGCGACGGGACCAAGUUUGGGAAAUCCGAGGAUGGAGCCAUUUGGUUGUCCCCUGCAAUGCUGUCUCCUUACAAGUUUUACCAGCACUUGUUCUCGGUUCCUGAUUCCGACGUGAUCAAGUUUCUCAAGAUGCUGACUUUCCUCAACAUGAAGGUGGUAGAGGAGAUGGAAUUGCAGAUGCGGAGUCCGGGUUACUUGCCAAACACUGCACAGAAGCUGCUUGCAGAAGAGGUGACUCGAUUCGUCCAUGGUGAAGAAGGGCUUCAAGAGGCGAUCAAGGCUACCGAAGCUUUGAGGCCUGGAGCCGAGACUAAGUUGGACUGGAAAACGAUUGAAGGGAUUGCUGAGGAUGUGCCUUCCUGUUCCAUGGCAUAUAACGAAGUUGUCGAUCUGUCCGUCGUUGAUCUCUCAGUGUCUUCCGGUUUGCUGGAAAGCAAAUCGGCUGCUAGGAGGUUGAUGAAGCAAGGAGGUUUGUACCUAAACAAUAGCAGAGUUGAUCAGGAGAGUAAGAGAAUUGAGGAUGAAGACAUAGUUGAUGGGAAGCUUCUCCUUUUGUCUGCUGGCAAGAAGAACAAGGUUAUAGUUCGCAUUUCUUGA